CGUUGAACCUCAUUCACUUACAUUACGGCGCGUCGAGUUCCAGAGUGACAGCGCGCAGAGCAUAUUGGAACUCUACAGGUGUUGGGACAGAGUUCCUCAGACAAAUGGACGAAAAUGUGUUUUCCAGGCAGUCUUGAGUGAAGCGGCUUGUGAGAACAAAUUUGUGCCCUUGUCUCAACAGGUCAUGCUGGACCUCCAGGAUUGUUGUUGUGGCCAUCACCAGUCCUGUCUGGACUGGUUUCCAGCUGCCCUUGGGACCGAUCUUCAGGCCCGAAACAGAUGGAUGGAGUCCCGGAGGAAGCUGAUGGCCUUAUCAUACUCCUCCAUCUUGAAAUGACUUAGGGCAGUAACAGUGUUGCGUGACGACAUGAGGUCAAACUUUUUGGUGUCCAAUGUUCAGUCACUGUAUUGAUGACAAAGGUGCACUCCUCAAGAUGAGGAACCGGCUGGUUGAAGGUAAAGAACCUUUGGAACAAUCCGGGCCGAUGGGAAAAGGCAAGAGGGCAAAGAAAAGGAGGCCUUUUCUGGAGGACGACGACGACGUGGAACAGUCAGAGGAGAGACCAAGCAAAAAACUAAGGCCGGAGUCAUCGUCAUCCACAGAUAUUAUCCAAAAAUAUAAGGAUCUUCAGAAGGCCCAAGAGGUGAACAAAUAUAGUUACCAGAGGACGUUGGAGGAAAGGAUUGCUGCACUGGAGAGGGAGAAUUAUUCCCUCAGGAAUGCUUUGAGCAUCAUUGAAGGUCUCCCUAGGAUGAUUUCCUCAAUGCAGCAGCUCGCUGAGCAACACUCAGACCGUGAGAGAAAACCAGAAGAGGAAGGAAGAUCUACGGCUCACACCUCAACUGCUGGACCAAGUUUGAAGUCUUCCACAACACAUCUGCCUUUGGAGGAUGGUGGGAUUUCCACCGAUGCUGUCUGUCUUGAUAUUAAACAAGCCAUAAAAGAUCGGUGCAGUAAGUCCACAGCAGCUAAGUACACCAACGACCUAAUGCAUGGUCUGUACACAACAGCGUUUAUGGCUGCUCACAGCGUGACUGGGCUUGGGGCAUCAAGCAGGGGGGAGACACGACCAUCCCUUCCUUCUGCUGAACUCACGAAGAUUGUUUGUGAAGUUAAAUCUGUCUUCAAAGAGAAGACAGAGGCGGAGAUCAAGGGCUAUAUACGCCAGAAACUCUCCAAUUCGGCGAAGAUCCUCAAAAGGAAAACAUUUUAAAAAAUCAAUUUGUUCUGCCACGUUAGGCCAUUAUGUUUGUUUGCAUUCAAUAUUGUAUGUUCUGUAGUUUAAAUUAAAAAUGUUAAUACGUGUUAAUACAUGUUGAAUCCAUGUAUUAUUUA